UUGGCUGUGGAGACAGCGGUGUAUCUCAAUACACCUCAUUUGAAAUCUGUGUCUGCUGCCCAGUCAGACCUCCUCUGUGUCGUUCCCGCGGUGACAUUACAGGACCGUCUUUGAAACUCAAGAGGCAACACGACAUUUUUCGUUCUAAACUUUAUUUUUUUUCUGUUACGUUUUAUUUUAACUUCAUGUAUUUGUAGGUAUAGGUGAUAGUGGAAAAUGUGCUCUGUGUAGCCAUUCUUGAGAUUUAUUCCAUCGGAUUAAAUAACAACACAUUGGAAAAUUAGACAAAAAGUUUGUUUAGGAUGUGGACCAAGAGGAUUUUUUCGUGCUUGGUUGGACUGGUGGCGUUGACGGGUUUUCUCCUAGUAAAAGUAACAGGACAAGACCCUCCAACGCUCGGGAGGAAAACGCUUCUCAAGGUGGAUGGAGAUCAGACGGCUGCCUCAAAUCGAGUGAGGAGAAGAGGAAAACAGGAGUCUCUACGAGGGCCCAAUGUGUGUGGAUCACGUUUCCACUCCUACUGUUGUCCAGGCUGGAAAACCUUGCCCGGGGGCAACCAGUGUAUCGUGCCCAUUUGCCGGAACAGCUGUGGAGAUGGAUUUUGCUCACGGCCCAACAUGUGCACAUGUCCCAGUGGCCAAAUUGCACCAACCUGUGGCACAAAGUCCACCCAGCAGUGUAACAUCAGGUGUAUGAACGGUGGCCUCUGUGCCGAAGACCACUGUCAGUGUCAGAAGGGCUUCUCAGGCUCCUACUGUGGACAACCCGUCUGUGACAGUAAGUGCCAAAACGGCGGGCGCUGCAUUGGACCCAACCGGUGCGCCUGUGUCUACGGGUUCACUGGGCCCCAGUGUGAGAGAGACUACAGGACAGGCCCGUGCUUCACCAAGGUCAGCAACCAGAUGUGCCAGGGCCAGGUGAGUGGCAUCGUGUGCACCAAGACCCUGUGCUGUGCCACGGUGGGGCGUGCCUGGGGACACCCCUGCGAGAUGUGUCCGGCCCAACCCCAGCCAUGCCGCCGAGGCUUCAUCCCCAACAUACGCACCGGAGCCUGCCAGGAUGUUGACGAGUGCCAGGCCAUCCCGGGACUCUGCCAGGGAGGAAAUUGCAUCAACACCGUGGGUUCGUACGAGUGCAAGUGUCCAGCUGGCCACAGGCAGAAAGAGGGCUCCCAGAAGUGCGAGGAUGUGGAUGAGUGUGUCACCAUUUCCCGCAUUUGUGACGGAGGACAGUGUUUCAACUCGGUGGGAAGUUACUCUUGUGUUUGUCCCUCUGGCUACAUCCCAUCUCCUGACAAAACUCGCUGCGUUGACCAGCAGGCAGGCUCGUGUUUCGGGGGUCUGCUGAACGGCCGCUGUGCCCAGGAGCUGCCCGGCCUCUUCAGCAAGGCCACAUGCUGCUGUGACAGUGGACGCUGCUGGGCACGAGGGGCACUGCCUGAAAUAUGCCCCGCCCGACGAUCAGAGGAGUACCGCCGGCUGUGUGUCCAAGGAGUCCUACCCUACCCAGAUGGAGACUUUGGAGGGAGACCCAACCCCAUGAAUCCUCUAAAUCCUUUGAUCCCUCAAAGACCCAAUGGUGGCAGCGACCCGUCCAGCCCCAAUGGUGGCUAUGAUCCAUCUAGACCCAAUGGGGGGUAUGACCCAUCCAGGCCCAAUGGUAGGUAUGAUCCAUCUAAACCCAGCAGUGGCUACGAUCCAACACUGAAUGGCCAGGGGGUUCCUAAUGGAAAUGGACAAAGGCCAGACUUAGGCACAGCGACUCUGAACCAGACGAUAAACGUCUGUAAGCAGCUGCCCAACCUGUGUCUGCACAGUCGCUGCAUCCUCGUGGGCUCCAGCUACCGCUGCGAGUGCAAUAACGGCUACACCCUGGACACUCGCCAAGAAUGUGCAGAUGUAGAUGAGUGUUCCUCCGACCCGUGCCCCAAUGGGGACUGUGUGAACACGGCCGGUUCCUUCUACUGCAAGUGCCACACAGGGUUCCAAAGAAAUCCAGAGAAGCAGGUCUGCAUCGACAUUGACGAGUGCCUGCACAACGGGGUUCUGUGUAAGAAUGGCCGCUGUCUCAACAUGGAUGGAAGCUUCCAGUGCAUCUGUAACGCAGGCUUCCAGCUAACCCCAGACGGCAGGAACUGUGUCGACCAUGACGAGUGCGCCGGCACCAACAUGUGUCUGAACGGCAUGUGUAUCAACGAGGACGGUAGCUUCAAGUGCCUGUGCAAACCCGGCUUCACCCUGGCUUCCAGUGGGCGCUACUGCACAGAUAUUGAUGAGUGUCAGACUCCAGGCAUGUGUAUGAACGGCCGCUGUGUCAACACUGAGGGCUCCUUCAAGUGUGAGUGCCUGGCAGGGCUGGCUGUGGGGGCGGAUGGACGCUUCUGUGUAGACACACACAUGCGCAGCACCUGCUACGGCGCCAUAAAGAAGGGUGUGUGCGUGCGUCCCUUCCAGGGAGCCGUCACCAAGUCGGAGUGCUGCUGUGCCAACACCGACUACGGCUUCGGAGAGCCCUGUGUGUCUUGCCCAGCCAAGAACUCAGCUGAGUUCCAGGGUCUGUGUGGAAGUGGAAUCGGCUUCUCUGUGGAUGGAACAGACAUCAAUGAGUGUGCACUGAACCCAGAGAUCUGUCCCAAUGGAGUGUGUGAGAACCUAAGAGGCAGUUUCCGUUGCUUCUGUAACACUGGCUACGAGUCUGACGACACGGGCAAGACCUGUGCGGACAUUGACGAGUGCAUGGUGAACCGGCUCCUCUGCGACAACGGACUGUGUCGGAACAUUCCAGGCAGCUACAGCUGCACCUGCCCCAAGGGCUACCUCUUCAGGCCGGACUCUGAGACAUGCGAAGAUGUGAAUGAGUGUGAAAACCGCCCCUGUUCUAACGGACAGUGUAGGAACACAGCCGGCUCCUUUGCCUGCGAAUGCUCCCCUGGGAGCAAGCUGGACACCACAGGACUCAUCUGCAUUGACAGCCUGAAGGGGACCUGUUGGCUGAAUAUCCAAGAUGGCCGCUGCGAGGUCAACAUCAACGGCGGCACCCUCAAGUCAGAGUGCUGUGCCACCCUGGGCGCUGCCUGGGGAAGUCCCUGUGAGCAGUGUGAGAUAGAUUCCAUCUGUUCAAGGGGCUACGCCAGGCCGCGAGGAGUCAAAUGUGAAGACGUGAACGAGUGCGUGGUCUUCCCAGGUGUGUGUCCCAAUGGGUACUGUGUAAACACCAAGGGCUCCUUCAAGUGCCAGUGUCCUGAUGGUCUCACACUGGACUCCAGUGGCCGAGUGUGUGUGGACGUGCGGUCUGAGCACUGUUACCUGACGUGGGAAGAGGACUCGUGUGCCAAGCCCGUGCCUGGCCGUUUCCGCAUGGACGCCUGUGGAAAAGGAAUGUGGAUGUGUCUCUCUUUGACAGACAUCAAUGAGUGUAAGGUGUUCCCCAGAAUGUGUGUCCAUGGAAAGUGUCGCAACACCAUAGGCAGUUUCAGGUGCCACUGCGCCGGAGGAUUUUCCCUCGAUAUGGAAGAACGCAACUGCACAGACAUAGAUGAGUGUCGUAUCUCUCCGGACCUGUGUGGCCAAGGGGUUUGUGUCAACACUCCGGGUAGUUUUGAGUGUGAGUGUUCCGAGGGCUAUGAGAGUGGCUUCAUGAUGAUGAAGAACUGCAUGGAUUACAACGAGUGCGAGCAGAGCGUCAGCUUGUGUCGGAACGGCCAGUGUGUGAAUGUGGCCGGUACCUACCACUGCUCAUGUGACUCUGGUUACCAAGCAACUCCUGACAGACAGAGCUGCAUAGAUAUUGAUGAGUGUACCAUUGAGAAUGGCGGCUGUGACCUGCACUGCACCAACUCAGAGGGGAGUUAUACAUGUAGCUGCAACAAUGGCUAUGCACUGAUGACAGAUGAGAGAAGCUGUUCUGAUGUGGAUGAGUGUGAGCAGGAGCCUGACAUAUGUGACGGAGGACAGUGCACUAACAUCCCAGGGGAUUACCACUGUCUGUGCUACGACGGCUUUAUGGCUGCCCUGAACAUGAGGCUCUGCAUAGAUGUGAAUGAGUGUGACCUGAACGCCAACAUCUGUAUGCACGGCGAGUGUGAGAACACCAAGGGAUCGUUCAUCUGCCACUGUCAGCCUGGCUACUCAGUCAAGAAGGGAACUUCUGGAUGUACAGACAUGGAUGAGUGUGAGAUCGGGGCUCACAACUGUGACGUCAACGCCAACUGUAUCAACACCCCCGGGGACUUCCACUGUUCCUGUCGUGUCGGCUGGGUGGGCAACGGAGUCAACUGUAUAGAUAUGGAUGAGUGCACCAAUGGGACAAGCCACUGCAGUGCCAACGCCAAGUGUCUGAACACACCCGGCUCCUACCGCUGCGCCUGCGCUGAGGGCUUCACUGGAGACGGCUUCACCUGUUCAGACGAGGAUGAGUGUGCAGAGAACGUGAAUCUGUGUGAGAAUGGCCAGUGUCUCAACACCCUGGGGGGUUACCGCUGUGAGUGUGAGAUGGGCUUCACCCCUGCCCCGGACAGACGCACCUGCCAAGAUAUUGACGAGUGUACCUUCCAGAAUAUCUGUGUGUUUGGCACGUGUAAGAACAUUCCCGGCAUGUUCCGCUGUAUCUGUAACGACGGCUAUGAGCUGGACCGCUCCGGAGGCAACUGUACAGACGUGGACGAGUGCCAGGACCCCAUCAACUGUGUGAACGGGCUGUGUGUGAACAUCCACGGCUCCUACGAGUGUAACUGUCCUCUGGACUUUGAACUCAACCCUACAGGGGUGGGAUGUGUAGACACACGUGUGGGGAACUGUUUCCUGGAGCAUGGACCCAGGGGUGACAGGCGGUCCUGCAGUGUGGAGGUGGGAGUGGGAGUCAGCCGCUCCUCCUGCUGCUGCUCCCUGGGGCGUGCCUGGGGAAACCCCUGUGAACUCUGCUCUGCUCCCAACACCACGGACUAUAAUACACUCUGCCCAGGAGGAGAGGGUUUCAGGCCCAACCCAGUCACCAUCAUACUAGAAGACAUAGAUGAGUGUUUGGAGCUGCCAGGCCUGUGUCAGGGAGGAAACUGUGUCAACACGUUUGGCAGCUUCUCGUGUGACUGUCCUCCUGGCUACUACCUCAACAUAGACAGUCGCAUCUGUGAAGACAUUGACGAGUGUGUGGUGAAUCCUGUAAUCUGCGGUCCUGGCACCUGCUACAACACACUGGGGAACUACACCUGUGUGUGUCCACAGGAUUACAUGCAGAUCAACGGGGGAAACAACUGCAUGGACAUGAGAAAGAGCCUGUGCUACAGGAACUUCAACGGCACAACGUGUGAGAAUGAGCUGCCCUUCAACCUCACCCUCAAGAUCUGCUGCUGUGCCUAUAACGUGGGCAAGGCCUGGAACAAGCCCUGCGAAGCCUGCCCAACCCCCGGGACUGGUGACUAUAAGACACUUUGUGGAAACAUCAUCCCUGGCUUCAAACUGGAUAUUGAAACUGGGAAAGCAGUGGAUAUUAAUGAGUGCAGAGAAAUUCCAGGUAUCUGUGCAAGCGGGGUCUGUAUCAACCAGAUAGGGAGCUUCCGCUGCGAGUGUCCCACCGGCUUCAGCUACAACGACCUGCUGAUCAUCUGUGAAGACAUCGAUGAAUGUAGCAGUGUGGAGAACCUGUGCCAGAGGAACGCUGACUGUAUCAACAGCCCUGGGAGCUACCGCUGUGAAUGCUCAGAGGGCUUCAAUCUCUCCCCCAUAGGAGCCUGCAACGACCGCAACGAGUGUCUGGAGAUCACCAACGUGUGUAGCCAUGGCGAGUGUGUGGACAUCCAGGGGGGCUACGAGUGCAGGUGCCACCACGGCUUCAAGGCUACGCCCAACCGCAAGAUGUGCACGGAUGUUGAUGAAUGCGAGCGGUUGCCUUGUCGCAACGGAACCUGCAAGAACACAGUGGGCUCCUUCAACUGUCUGUGUCACACCGGGUUUGAGUUCUCACAACACAACAACUGCAUGGAUAUUGACGAGUGUCAGACAUCCUUUGGCACGCUGUGCAGGAAAGGCCAGUGUAUCAACAGUGUGGGCUCCUUCCAAUGUCUGUGUGAGGAGGGCUACAAGCUAACCCCCGAUGCCAAGAAUUGUAUGGAUGUGAAUGAGUGUAUGAUCUUCCCCGGGACCUGCACUCCUGGAACCUGCCAGAACCUGGACGGCACCUUCCGCUGUCUCUGUCCCCCGGGCUACAUAGUCCAGAACGAGCAAUGUAUAGACGUCAACGAGUGUGAAGAAGACCCUAACAUCUGCCUGUUUGGCUCCUGCUUCAACAACCCGGGCAGUUUCCAGUGUGUGUGCAGGCCUGGCUUCAUACUGUCUGAUAACAGUCGCAGGUGUUACGACACCAGAGAGAGUUACUGCUUCACCCGGUUUGAGAACGGCAAGUGUUCGGUGCCUCAGGCCUUCAACACCAGCAAGGCAAAGUGUUGCUGCAGCACCAUGCCCAAGGAGGGCUGGGGAGACCCCUGUGAACUUUGUCCCAAGAAGCAGGACGUGGCGUUCCAGGACCUGUGUCCCUUCGGCCAUGGCAUAAUCCCUGGGACUGGAGACACACGCAUAGACUUGAAUGAGUGUGUGGAGAACCCAGGCAUCUGUAACAACGGACACUGCAUCAACACAGACGGCUCCUUCCGCUGCGAGUGUCCAAUAGGCUACACUCUCAACUACACUGGAGUACACUGUAUCGAUGUUGACGAGUGUUUGGUGGAGAACCUCUGUGGCAACGGGACGUGCUCUAACGUGAUUGGAGGGUUCGAGUGUAACUGUGAGGAGGGCUUUGAGCCAGGCCCCAUGAUGACCUGUGAAGAUGUCAACGAGUGUGAAAUCAGCCCCCUGCUGUGUGCAUUCCGCUGCAUCAACACCUUCGGAGGAUACGAGUGCAUGUGUCCCGGUGGCUACACUCUGAGAGAGAACCAGAGGAUGUGCCAGGAUCUGGAUGAGUGUUCCGAGGGGCUCCACGACUGUGAGUCCAGAGGCAUGACCUGCAAGAACCUCAUCGGCACCUUCAUGUGUGUGUGCCCGCCGGGGAUGGUGCGGCGCCUGGACAACGAAGUGUGCGAGGAUGAGAAUGAGUGUCGUAGCAAGCCGGGGAUCUGUGAGAAUGGUCGUUGUAUCAACACGAUAGGCAGCUACAUGUGCGAGUGUGGAGGCGGAUAUGAGUCUGACUCUACACGGACACAGUGUCUCGACUACAGGGAGGGCUUCUGCUUUACCGAGGUGCUCAUGACUAUGUGCCAGAUGUCUUCCAGCAGCCGGACCCCCACCACCAAGUCCCAGUGCUGCUGUGACGGAGGCCGCGGUUGGGGUAACCAGUGUGAGCUCUGUCCCCUGGCUGGUACGGCAGGCUACAGGAAGCUCUGUCCCCACGGCCCGGGAUACGCCACCGAUGGCAUGGAUAUAGACGAGUGUAAGGUAAUCCCUGACACGUGUAAGAAUGGACGCUGCAUCAACACCAUGGGAUCCUACCGCUGCCACUGCAAACUGGGCUACACCUCCACCAUCACUGGAACGGCCUGCGUGGAUCUGGAUGAGUGUGUCAUGUCCCCCAAGCCGUGUAAUUUCAUCUGUAAGAACACCGAGGGGAGUUACACUUGCUCCUGUCCCCAUGGUUACGUGCUCCAAGAGGACGGCAGGACAUGCAAAGAUUUGGACGAGUGCCAGACCAAGAGGCACAACUGUCAGUUCAUGUGUGUCAACACCGUGGGCGGAUUCACCUGCAAGUGCCCCCCUGGCUUCACCCAGCACCACACUGCAUGCAUAGAUAAUAAUGAGUGUGUCGGGGAACCCUCCCUGUGUGGCACCAAGGGCAUCUGUCAGAACUCCCCUGGUAGCUUCAACUGUGCGUGCCAGCGGGGUUACGAACUGGACGACACCGGACUGCACUGUGAUGACGUGAACGAGUGUGACAGUAACGACAGGUGCCAACAUGGCUGCCAGAACAUGCUGGGCGGCUACCGUUGUAACUGCCCUCAGGGCUACACACAGCACUACCAGUGGAACCAGUGUGUGGAUGAGAACGAGUGCUCCAACCCGGGCAGCUGUGGAUCGGCCUCCUGUUACAACACGCUAGGCAGCUUCAAGUGUGCCUGCCCCUCAGGCUACAGCUUCGACUCAUUCAGCAGCAGCUGUCAGGAUGUCAACGAGUGCUCCAACAAGAACCCCUGUAGCUACGGCUGCUCCAACACAGAGGGAGGCUACCUGUGUGGUUGCCCACUGGGCUAUUUUCGCAUGGGCCAAGGUCACUGUGUGUCAGGCUUGGGCUUUGGGAAGGGCCAGUAUGAGGGGCCAGAGAUAGAAGACAACACUCUCUCCCCAGAGACCUGCUACGAGUGUAAGAUCAACGACUACCCCAAGAAGCACGGUCGCAAGAGGCGCAACGCCAAUGGAACGCAACCCCAGAGACCUGAGCACAACCAGGUGAGCCUAGCCAGUCUGGACAUGGAAGUUCCUGUCACCCUGCUGCUCAACGUGUCCCAGCUCAACCCCAAGGAGCACAUCCUGGAGCUGGUGCCUGCCAUCAAGCCCUUGGUGGGCCACGUGCACUACGUCAUCACCAGCGGCAACCGCAAAGGCCUGUUCCGCAUCCAGCAGAGUGACGGCCUCUGCUACCUACACACCACCAAGAGAAAGGGGGCACUGGCGGCACCGCAGGAUCACACGCUGGUGAUCGCCAGCUUGCCGCUCUACGGCAAAGCCCAGUUCAAAGAGCUGGAGGACCGCCGGGACCAAGACUACCUUACGGGGGAACUGGGGGAGAACCUGCGCAUGAGGCUGCACAUCCGACUGCAAUAGCUGGAGUGGGAUUUGGGGAAACACAGGGAAACAACCCUUGUUUUCCCUUCAAACUGGUGUUUUUCAGUUCACCAUUUUAAAGCCAAAUGAGUGGAAGGAAUGGGGUUUUUCUCUUCUUCUUCUGGUUUGCAUUUCUUUCUUGUUUUUUGCGUUUUUGACCUCAAAGUACUGUCCAGAAUCUCUCUAGUGCAGCCCAAUUCUAAAAAAUUAUAAUAAGCUUUCACUGAUUCGUUUUUUCAGUGGAAAAUAUAUCAGAAUUGAGCUGCCUGUGUAAACACAGCCUAGGAAAAGAGAGUGACUCGAAGCAUGAACUUGAGACUUUACAUCUUUCACAGGUUCUCCCUAGCUGUAAGUGACCUCAUGCCAUGACCAUGUACACGAGUGGAAGACCAAGAGCAAGACAUGAUGUUCAAAUUACCUGGACAGUUUAGUUGGUCAGUUCAUGGUAAGGAAAUAGCAUGUGAUGUUCUGGCGAUAGGCAGGCUCUGAAAGUACACGCGGCUAGUACAUCUGCAGCAUGGUGGGUUGCUACAAUACAGUUGGACAAUUUUACGGAGGUCAGCUUGGUUAUUUUAGUGACUAGACACACUCUUGGUGAAUUCCUAGUUGACUGUUGUAGAGCUGUCACAGUCCCACAUUAAUUUUGUAGUGGUCCGACAGACUAUUGCAGCUCUGUGGCUGUGAACUUGUGAAUUGAGCAUUACAGGGCAUAGCAUCCUCCUGUAAGAGUUGGUAUCCAGGCCUAUUGGUCGUGGUAGAACAUUGUCAAUAUGGGAUUUGGUGCCUUCAAAAAGGGAAACUGAUAUUUUAGGACACAACAUGGAAUCACAUCAUUAUAAAGAAUAAUAGUAAUUAAAAAUAAAAAUUGUAUUCUUACAUAUGUACAUAUUAACAAUCAGUAUUUCAAUUAUUGUGAACUGAUUUUUUUUGUAUUUAUUUUAGUAUUUAAUACAAAGUUGUACACUAUUGGUCAAAUUCACAUCUAAUAAAAUGACACACACAAAAAAGUGGCAUUUACGUUUUUACACACCAUCAAUGUGUAUUCUCUUCGUGUAUUACAGAAACACACAUCAGUUGUUAGAAACACACGUGUUUUGUAUAAUAUACAGGAGUAUGUAUGUUCAUAUUGCACAAUUACCUCAACGUUUAGUCUCUACAGAUAAGGCUAUGUGACCAAUGAAAUCAUGUAUCAAUCCAAUUUCUUAAAUCAGCUGUUAAAGGAUAUGGAUUUAUUAGAAUUUAGUUUAUGUUGAAUGAAAAUUGAUCAUGGAAGUCAUUGAGAAAGAGGUGGGCGCUAUCCCACUUAGGGAGAUGCUUCACUCAUUGAAACGUUUGACCAAAGUGUGUUUCAGUAAUAAAUAUGAAGCUGUCUGGAGGUGUAAUGUACGGUCAUAUGUAAUCAAGGACUGUAGAUGUGGUGAACACCUUGUUUUGCUUUUUUGCUUUGUCUUCCAUUUAAAAGCUUUUAUUUCAUUUCUCCCGUGGCAUCAGUUCUCAAAAUGUAAGUCACAUUUGGCUGCAGGAUUUCUAUACUCGCUAAGAAGCAAUAACAAGUAGCCCACAGAAACCAGGACAUUUAUUUUGUUGUCAUUUUGUUUACAUGUUUAAAUAUAUCUGCACAGAGUAAACUAACAGGGGUACAGUCAAUAAUGUAUAUAAACACUAGAUCACCCACAGGGGGUGUUGUUUUGAAGCCACUGCACCACCAUCUUUGUUCUCCUCCACCAUUGUUUUAAAAGGUUUUGGAAGAUAUAGAAAUGCAUUUAUCAAUGUCUAUAUUGCAGACACCUUAUCACAUACUUUUUACAUUAUAUUUAAUGGACUGAACUAACCCGUAAAGUAUACUUUUUUGAAAGUACUGCUACUGUUCCCGCUACAACAAAGAAAUACUUAGAUCCCACGUAAUUGUAUUCUUUUAAUAUUCCAUUCAUUCAUAUGGAGGACUGCGCCUUCUGAGCAGUACACUUUUAGAAGAAAAAAAAAAAACGAUAUUUUUUUUUUUUUUAAAAGAGGGUUAUUUCGGCUGUCCCCAUAGGAACCAAAAAGGGUUCUUCAAAUGAUUAUCCUAUGGGACAGCCGAAGAACUAUUUUUGGUUCAGAACCUUUUUUUUUUUCUCCUAAGAGUACCAAUAUGGUGGCAAUGGCUUCAGAGCCUCUCAUUGGCCAAUACAUAGCAUCCACAAUCUAGUAUUUCUAUACAUCAUUGGGUACAAUGACUCAUGUACACAAACAUGCAAUAGCCUUUUGUUCUACAGUUUUUUGUUUGGGCGGCGAUGUCCUACUAACAACGUGUAACACAUUUACGUAACGAUGCUACAUCAACAGUCAGUAGGAGUAUUGCUACUAGUAUUAUACAUGCUCCCUACUUAGGAUGUUGUUAACGAAACCAUUAGACAAUAUAGAGGUACUGUAGCGAUGUCGAACUGGUGCUCAAUGAUGGCAGUAUUGUGUGCACAGACAUUUUCAGAAGUUACAAACUUACUGCAUCGAUGCGAAGACUGAACAUUCAUGUGAAAACAAAAUGUAUAACAGUCGGUUUGUUGUUGAACUCUUGAACUGAACAUAUUCUUUUUUUACAUGUUACCAUGCAGUUGCUCACAAAUAGAUAUGUUUGAAUCUUUGUACUGAUGUCCAGUUUUAUUCAUUGUAAAUCUUUUUACAGUAAAGGUGUUGUUGUUUUU